AAAACCGAACAGCAUCUGUGCACUGAAAGGUUCAUCAGUGAAUCUGCCCUGCUCACAUCAACAUCCCAAUGCAAGCAUGAACUGGUUUGCUGCAUACAGAGGUGGCUCCAAGAUUGAGCCCUCUGCAGAUGAAACUCAUAGAAAGUACAGCAUGUCAGCAGACAGUCGUUUCACUCUAACAAUCAACAGUCUAACAGAGAGUGAUGCAAACAUUUACUGCUGCAGAGAAACUGCUGACAAACCAGACGACUGUCAGCAAAGUGGAAUUUCUCUCCGUGUUACAGAGCUGCAGGUAAAGGUGAUUCCUGCCACAGAGGGACAGACAGUAACACUGAUGUGCAGCAGCAGCAGCUGUCCUCUGACUGAAAACCCUGCAGCCUACAUCUGGUACAAGAACAGAGAGUUUCUCUAUGAGGACUGGUCUCCCUGGUACCAAGAGCUGCUCAGCAGUGAGGAAGCAGUCACAUACUCCUGUGCUGUCAAAGGCUACGAGCAUCUCAGAGCCCCUGAACUCUCUGUGGACUCCAUCACACCAACAUGCUUCAAUGUGACCCAUGCUAAAGGGGAAAUGUGUUCUUCUCAACAGCCUUGCUCCAUCACCUAUCCCAGAGAGGUCCAUGUUGUGAGGACUUCUGGGAACACACUGACCUGUAGCACCACAUGUCUUCUGACUGACCCUCAAACUGACUAUGUGUGGUUCAGGAAUGGACAAAAAAAUCAUGAAAAUCAAAGAAUUUCAACUCAAAGCUCUCUGAAAGACAACUUCUAUUGUGCAGUCAAAGGUGUUCAGGAUAAGAACUGCUGGAGAGUGAAUUAUGUCAGCAGGAGAAUCUGUGCUCUGGAAGGAUCUUCAGUCAACAUCAUAAGUGAAUACUCACAUCCUGAAAACAUGAAGCCAGAGAAUAAAUUCUGGAGUAAAACUGGGAAAGGUGAAAACAUGAUUGAGCCUUCAGGUCGUGUGGAGUAUCACGACAACAUGAAGAACCAACACAUCCUGACCAUCAAAAACCUGACAAAGAAUGACUCAGGAGGAUACACAUUCAGACUCAGGAAAGAGGAUGAAGAGCUGAAACAGUCGGAUCAGCCUGGAGUCAUUUUGAUUGUCACAGAGCUGAGAGUGGAGAUGAGUCCUUCUGCAGUGGUGACAGAAGGUCAGAGAGUCACACUGACCUGCAGGACCAGCUGUCCUCUGACUCACAACACAAACUACAUUUGGUACUUCAACAACCAACCUGUGACCCUGACAGAGGCCCAAAACAAGCAUCUGAUCCUAGACCCAGUCAGCAGGGAGAAUGUAAGAAACUACUCCUGUGCUGUGGAAAUCAACAAACAUGGUUUCACAGGAAAAUGGCUACUAGGAGCUGCUGGAGCUUCUGCAGCUCUCCUGCUAAUAAUAAUAAUACUUCUCACUGUCUGCUGUUGUAGAAGAAAAAAGAGGACUUCCAGCCAUUCUCCAAGAAGUGAAAUACCUGACAGCAAACAGGAGGUGACCCCUAAUCCUAUAUAUGAAAACAUCUCAGCUCAAUACAACAGGAUGCAGGCCACUAUGAAGCAUCAAACUGACCCCUACUCCCAUACAGCUGACCUCUACACCAGUGCAACGGACAUCUACUCCAAUACGGAUGACCUCUACUCAAAUAUAGUUGAGCUCUACUCCAACACUGCGUCACCAUCUUUUAACUAA